AUGGAAUCAAAUCAAGAACCCACCGGAAGUGGAGAACGAGGAAGAAGAGAAAAUAAGUACAGAGGGAUACGACGGAGGCCAUGGGGGAGGUACGCAGCAGAGAUACGUGAUCCGACGAGAAACGGAGCGCGUUCAUGGCUAGGAACUUUUGAUACGGCGGAGGAAGCUGCUAGGGCUUAUGACAGAGCUGCUUAUGCUUUAAGGGGUCAUCAAGCUAUUCUUAACUUUCCUAAUGACGGCCAUUACCGGAAUGUUGAAUCUUCCACGGCGGAGCUGCCGUCGAGCUCCGGGUAUGCUUCUAUGGCGGCAUUGCCAGCAAACUCGACGUUCUUAUCAAUGUCCUCUUUGUCAUCGCCUUCUUCAAAUAUAUCUUCGAGGGAUAACAAUGGCAGAUCGGAAAGAGAGCCGGUUAUAGAAUUGGAGUAUUUGGAUGAUAAACUUUUGGAAGACCUCCUUGGCAAACAUUCACCAAACACAAGGAUUUAA